AUGACUGAUGCAAAAGACGGCAUUUCAUUGUUCGAUCACGCAUCUGGCACUGCUGCUGCUCUCGCUGACACUGCUCCUGCUCACCGCUCACAUUCAGUCAGGGACCACUUCCUCGCCAAAGACCCUACCACUCUCACUCUAGCCGACUUCGAGCAGCAGCUCCUAGCAGCAGAGAAGAACAUCCUCGCUGUAGGUGCUGCUCGUGGCACUCCUCGCACUCCCCUCUUUGAGGGGUGCUCCCCCUCCCCUCUUGCCCCCUCCUACGCCUCUGCUGCUGCUGCCGUCGACCUCCUCGGUGCUGAGAAGGUCGCAGCUGCUUCUGAUCAUAGUGGGAAGCGCAGCGGCACCAAGGGCGGCAAGGGUGGUAAGGGUGGUGGAGGUGGCGGUGGAGGGAGCGGUGGUGGAGGCGGCGGGGGUGGUGGAGGUGGUGGGGGUGGCCGUGGGGGUGGAGGCGGUGGGUGGGGCGGCGGUGGGACUGGGAGCAGUGGUGGAGGCAGCGGCGGGAGCGGGGGAGGAGGCAGCGGUAGUGGUGGCGGAGCAGCAGCAGCAGCAGCAGCAGCAGCAGCAGCAGCAGCAGCAGCAGCAGCAGCAGCAGCAGCAGCAGCAGCAGCAGCAGCAGCAGCAUCAGCAGCAGCAGCAGCCACAGCAGCAACAGCAGCGUCAGCGCCAGACCCCCACGUCUCAGCAGCUUCAUGA